AAGGGGAUCGGCCUAGGAAUAGGCGGGGAUGAUCGAAAUUGGAAUGUCUUGUUCAUCGACGUCGGUCUGACGUGACAACUAUUUUGCAUGACUCGAAUUAUGAUUUGAUUUCCCCUAGUCUCUUUUUCUUUAUUGCUUUGGUGUUAGUCUCACGAACAUGGUUGGGCGGUGGUUGGAAGGUCAGGCCGGCGUGAAAUCCAUACUGUGUAACAGGCACAGGGCGGUUCUGAUGUUGACAUUUUGUACAUGCGAUUUGGUUGGCUGUUUGAAUACGCCUCGUUUUUGUUUUAUUUUAUUUUAUUUCCUGCUAUUUUUGGGUGGAAUCAUUUGGUUCAUAAUUUAUUUUAGUGAUUGGCUAAGAUUGAUUGAUUUACUUGGUUUCUUUUUGGAAUGUUGGAUGUUGACAAGGGCACCCAGCACGGUUACCUGCUCAACGACGAACGAAGACCGGGAGAAGAACAGACUAGAGAAAGAAAAAGAAAAGAAAAAAAGACCAAAAAAGAAAAGAGGCCAAAAACACAGACGCAGACAAUGGUUCCUCGUCAUGUCAGCCUAACUCGGGCCCCUGUUCUGGACCGGAUUCCCACCCUUGAAGCCGUUCCAUGCAAAGAAUCAAUCUGGCUGGAUGGGGACCAGACCUGCUGAAUUCCGAUUCGGACGAAGGCUACGGGGAACAGCACGAUUGGGCCAGACGCAGGUCGACAGAC